ACCCCACCCCCCUCGCGUCAGCUCUCUCCAGCCCAGCGGCCGCCGCGGCGGGAGGGGUGUUUUGACGGUUAGAUCAUGGCGACCAUAGAAGAAAUCGCACACCAGAUUAUUGAACAGCAGAUGGGUGAGAUUGUUACAGAGCAGCAGAACGAACAGAAGAUCCAGAUUGUGACAGCGCUUGACCAUAGCACCCAGGGCAAGCAGUUCACUCUGGCCAAUCAUGAGGGCUCCACCCCAGGAAAAGUCUUCCUCACAACCCCAGAUGCCGCAGGCGUCAGCCAGCUGUUUUUUGCCACUCCUGACCUGGCCACACCGCACCUCCAGCUCUUUACAGAAAAUUCGCCUGACCAAGGACCAAAUAAAGUUUUUGAUCUUUGUGUAGUAUGUGGAGACAAAGCAUCAGGACGUCAUUAUGGAGCAAUAACUUGUGAAGGCUGCAAAGGAUUUUUUAAAAGAAGCAUCCGGAAAAAUCUAGUGUACUCGUGUCGAGGGUCAAAAGACUGUGUGAUUAAUAAGCACCACCGAAACCGCUGUCAGUACUGCAGGUUACAGAGAUGCAUCGCCUUCGGCAUGAAACAGGACUCUGUUCAGUGUGAGAGAAAACCCAUUGAAGUAUCCCGAGAAAAAUCUUCCAACUGUGCGGCCUCGACAGAAAAAAUCUACAUCCGCAAAGACCUCCGAAGCCCACUGGCAGCCACUCCAACCUUUGUGACGGACGGCGAGGCCACCAGGUCAACGGGACUGUUGGAUUCAGGAAUGUUCGUGAAUAUUCAUCCGUCGGGAAUAAAAACUGAACCAACUAUGCUAAUGGCACCAGAUAAGGUUGAAUCAUGUCAGGGAGACCUAAGCACACUGGCCAGUGUGGUCACGUCACUAGCGAAUCUCGGCAAAGCUAAAGACCUUCCUUACACUAGUCACGACAUGCCUGUGGUGGAGAGCUUACGCAAUGGGGAUACACCCUUCUGUGCAUUUCAUCAGGAUAUCCAGACCAAUGGUGACGUCUCAAGGGCGUUUGACAACCUUGCCAAAGCCUUGACUCCCGGAGAAAGCCCAGCCUGUCAUAGCCCAGUGGAGAGCAUGGACGGACACGCGCACCUCAUCACUGGAGAGUCGAGCUACAUGGAAAAAGAGGGGCCGCUGCUCAGCGACUCCCAUGUAGUUUUCAGGCUCACCAUGCCUUCUCCUAUGCCCGAGUACCUGAAUGUGCACUACAUUGGGGAGUCGGCCUCCAGACUGCUGUUCUUGUCGAUGCACUGGGCACUUUCCAUCCCUUCUUUCCAGGCUCUAGGGCAAGAAAACAGUAUCUCGUUGGUAAAAGCGUAUUGGAACGAACUCUUCACUCUUGGUCUUGCCCAAUGCUGGCAGGUGAUGAACGUAGCAACCAUAUUAGCAACAUUUGUCAACUGUCUCCACAGUAGUCUUCAGCAAGACAAAAUGUCACCUGAAAGGAGAAAGUCACUGAUGGAGCACAUCUUCAAGUUGCAGGAGUUCUGUAACAGCAUGGUUAAACUCUGCAUCGACGGAUAUGAAUACGCCUACCUGAAGGCAAUAGUACUCUUCAGUCCAGAUCAUCCAGGCCUGGAGAACAUGGAACUGAUUGAGAGAUUUCAGGAAAAGGCUUAUGUGGAGUUCCAGGAUUAUAUCACCAGGACGUAUCCAGAUGACACCUACAGGCUAUCCCGACUACUUCUCAGACUGCCGGCUUUGAGACUGAUGAACGCCACCAUCACCGAGGAGUUGUUCUUCAAAGGUCUCAUUGGGAACGUGCGGAUCGACAGUGUCAUCCCACACAUUUUAAAGAUGGAGCCCGCCGACUACAACUCCCAGAUAAUCGGUCACAGCCUUUGAGAGCCGAGGGCAUGUGGCUGUGGACUCAGUUUACUGUCCCUUCUUGGGACACCAGACACCAAAUUGAACUGUUCCUUCCAGGGCAUCUGCAAGUACUAACUUUAAGAGUAACCAAAAUUCAAAGUAUUUUUAUUUUGGAUUCCUUCAGAAGAAUUGAAGUGACGAGGCAGGGAUCCGGAAUAGACUUCCCUCUCUGUGCUGUGGGGAGGAAUAAGAAAUGUGUGGGUCCGUUCUUGAUCAAGGUGACACCCAGGACUACUGUCUCCUCCUGACCAUCUACACUAAGCUUUCUCAUUCUAUUUUAUAAAACAAAUAAACUAGUAUUUCCCCUGAA